AGCUUGCCUAGUUCUCCUGAAGGCUCAGAAAUGGCAUGUUCUGACGGAUGUUGCCAGCCGGAGCGCGAGUAUAACGCUUCUCCUAAAUUUACAUUCGGCAACGGACAACUUAGCCUACAAGAAAUGCUAGAGGACCGAUUUUAUUGUGAUAACGAUAGUGACUGUUACAUAACUGCCGAAGAAGUUAAAGAAUUUCAAAGCAACAAUAGACAAGUGUACGAAAAGCGCCAACAAUUACGCGAAACAUUGCAGAAGCGAUUUGCACAAUUGUGCGUAAAUGGACCCUUGCAAGUGCCUCGAAUGCUUGUACAAUCCAAGUACGCUUCAAACUAAGAAAGGUUAUGAAAUAUAACAGAGAAGGCUGAUGAUGGUUAUGGUUUAUUUCGUUUCCUUUUGUUUUUCUAUCUAAUGUACAAAUAUUUGAAAUUCUGUGUAAAAGUUUCAUUC